CCGAUCCAGAGCAGCUGUAAUUUAUACGUGUUUUCAUACAAUAUUUUUGUAUUUUAAUCGAAUAUGAAUUUGUAAUGAUAGAGUGGUGAUAAAUGCGUUAAACGAACAUGUCGAGCCGCCGUUCUAUGCUUGGUUCGGCGCUGGAUUCCCUCCCGGCGCCUUCGGACCCUUUACGGGACCUAUUCGAGGCUUGCAAAAUUGGAGAUGUCGCUCGUGCUAAGAAGCUAAUAACUCCGCAAACCGUUAAUGCUAGGGACACAGCUGGACGGAAAUCCACGCCUUUACACUUCGCUGCAGGUUAUGGGCGCAGAGAAGUCGUAGAGCUUCUAAUAGCGGGAGGCGCAGCCCUACAGGCUCGUGACGAGGGUGGCUUACAGCCCCUACACAACGCGUGCUCGUUCGGGCACGCGGAUGUGGUGCGGGCCUUGCUCGCGGCCGGCGCGCCGCCCGCUGCGAGGGACAACUGGGGAUACACGCCUUUGCACGAGGCCGCCGCUAAGGGGAAGGUGGACGUGUGCAUUGCACUGCUUCAGCAUGGGGCGGAACCAAACAUAAGAAAUACGGAAGGCAAGACUCCACUCGACCUAGCUGACUCUGCUACCAGGCCUGUUCUUACAGGUGAAUACUGCGCAGCGGAUGUGCUAGAGGCCGCUCGUUCAGGCGCCGAUGACAGGCUAGCGUCUCUCCUAACUCCUCUCAAUGUAAACGUGCAUGCCAGCGACGGGAGGCGCUCCACGGCCUUGCAUUUAGCGGCGGGGUACAACAGAGCUCGCGCCGUGAGGCUGUUGCUGCAGAGGGGGGCUGAUGUACAUGCUAAGGAUAAGGGAGGUCUAGUCCCUUUACACAACGCGUGUUCAUACGGCCACUACGAAGUGACGGAACUGUUGGUGAGGGCCGGUGCUGACGUCAACGCUACAGACCUCUGGGCCUUUACGCCCUUGCACGAGGCGGCCAGCAAAGCCAGGCUCGAGGUGUGUUCCCUCUUACUGAGCGAAGGCGCGGACCCCACUCUGCUCAACUGCCAUGGGAAGUCAGCCCUCGAUGUGGCUCCCACCAGGGAACUGAGAGAUCGACUGGCUUUCGAGUACCGCGGCCAUUGUGUAUUAGAAGCAUGUCGUCUGGCCGAGCCUGCGCGUGUGAAGAAACAACUGUCCACGUUGGGACAACAGGAUAUGUCAUCCCUCCAUUGUGCCCAACAAGCGCCAGUAUCUGUCCCCAACGAGCGAGUCACAGAACUGGUCAACUUCCAGCAUCUGGGUACAGGGGACCGACCGCUGCAUUGCGCCGCAGCUAGUGUGUACCCUAAGAGGAAACAGGUAAUGGAGAUUUUAAUACGAAAAGGCGCUCGAGUGAACGAGAAGAACAAAGAUGGACAGACGCCACUACACGUCGCCACGGAAAACGCACAUUUAGACGCGAUGGACCUUUUGCUGAGGCAUGGCGCGAAAGUGAACGCCUGUGACGGGCGCGGCGAGUCCGCGUUAUCACUAGCAGCGCGCCGCGACUCCGCCGCCGCAUGCCGGUUGCUGUUAGCAUGCGGGGCGCACGCCCCGGACACCAGAGCAGACUCCGAUGAUGCCUGUUCAAACGCAGCUGCCCUGCGGCUGCUAGAAGCCGCGCGGACCGGCGACGUGGAAACCGCGCGGACGAUCCUGGACGCGCGGCCGAGGCUCGUCAACUGUCGAGACGUGGACGGACGACAUUCUACACCCUUACAUUUCGCUGCCGGAUACAACAGGCUACCGCUUGCUCAGCUACUGCUUCAGAGAGGGGCAGAUGUCCAUGCUAAAGAUAAGGGUGGUCUGGUGCCUCUGCACAAUGCGUGCUCGUACGGUCACUUCGAGGUGACUGAGUUGCUGGUGUCCGCGGGCGCUGGGGUCAACGCGGCGGACCUCUGGCGCUUUACGCCGCUGCACGAAGCCGCUGCUAAGGGCAAGGCGGACAUAGUCAGGUUAUUGCUCAAGCACGGAGCGGAUCCGACACGACGGAAUCGCGACGGCCUCACGCCCCUCCAGCUGGUGAGAGCGGGAGAUAGCGAUACUGCAGAUGCUCUGCGAGGGGAUGCUGCGCUGUUAGACGCUGCGAAACGCGGGGACCUCGCUAGAGCCAAGAAAUUGAUAACACCACAAAAUGUCAACUGUAGAGACUCGCACGGUAGAAAUUCCACACCUCUACAUCUUGCUGCGGGCUACAACAACCUUGAAGUCGCCGAAGCACUCUUAGAGGCAGGAGCGGCGGUGUCCGCACGAGACAAAGGGGGGUUAGUGCCCCUCCAUAACGCGGCGUCCUACGGCCACGUCGAGCUCGCCGCGUUGCUGCUGAGGGCUGGAACCCCCCCUAACGCGGCGGACAGAUGGGGCUUCACCCCCCUUCACGAGGCUGCGCAUAAGGCCCGGACGCAGCUGUGUGCUUUAUUGCUAGCACAUGGUGCGGACCCGUUCCUCAAGAACCAGGAGGGUCAGACGGCCGUGGAGCUGGCGGGAGCUGAUGACGUCAGAUCCUUACUCCAGGAUGCUAUGACGGGUAGUGCCGUAGCGGGAUCUGAGCCCGUGGCGCCGCCCGCGCCCGCGCCGCUACCGCCACCGCACUGCCCCGUGCUGCUACCCAGCGGUGACACCGUGCCUCUACCCCUACCCGUUAUGCCUACAAAUUACUGGUCGGAGGGUUCCCGUGGAAGCCUAGAGGAUGCAGCGGGCAGACCUGCCUCUGCUCUCUCCACUUCUGAAUCUCUACAGACUUUCUUGACCAGCAUUGGUCUGGAACAGCUGGCACCUGUUUUGGAACGGGAACAGAUAACGGUGGACAUCUUAUCCGAGAUGUGUCACGAAGACCUGCGAGCGGUGGGCGUGGCUGCGUACGGGCAUCGGCAUCGACUGAUUAAGGCUGCUCGACACAGCUUGCAGACGCAUUCCGAAUGGUAUGGUGGCACAACACUAGUGGACGUGACGCCCAGCACCGGGGAGUGCGGAGAGAACGGAGAGAGCGAGUUCGCAGUUCUGGAGAGAGAGAUGCAGGCUGGCGUGCGUAUGCACAGGGACCAUGCGGGCGGACACUUCACUAGAUACAACAUUGUUAGGAUACAAAAGCUCGUGAACGGGCGGCUGUGGGAGCGGUACCAACAUCGCAGACGCGAGGUGACGGAGGAGGCCGGAGUCACCAAUGAGAGGAUGCUGUUCCACGGCUCGCCUUUCAUCAACGCCAUCGUGCAGAAGGGCUUUGACGAGAGACACGCGUACAUUGGUGGCAUGUUCGGCGCGGGUAUUUACUUCGCGGAACACUCGUCCAAAAGUAAUCAGUACGUGUAUGGCUUCGGAGGAGGUUCUGGCUGUCCCACGCAUAAGGACCGAUCCUGCUAUCUAUGUCAUAGACAAAUGCUCUUAUGUCGAGUGACGUUAGGGCGGGGCUUCCAACUGCUCAGUGCUAUGAAAAUGGCGCACGCGCCGCCCGGCCACCACAGUGUAGCCGGCACGCCUUCACACGGCGGACUGUGCUUUCCUGAGUACGUGGUGUAUAGAGGAGAACAGGCGUAUCCUGAAUACCUGAUCACUUACCAGAUAGUGUGUGAAGAGAACGCAACGGGCGCUGUUUGAGUGUAUAGAGACUUUGUGUAACGUGCAGUAUUAUGAUAAUAAAAUAAAAUAAAAAACGGUCAAGAGCGAGUAGGACUCGCGCACGUAGGGUUCCGUACCAUCAUACAAGAUAUGAUACUAUGUACUUUUUGAAAUUUUUAGUUUGCGUGGCCGCCAUUU